GUAUAAAUAAGGCUGCGCGCAACGAGUAGUCAUUUUUCCAAAAUCAAAGGAAAGAAACUAAGGAACAGGAACGAAUCGUGUUUUUUCUAACUCUUCUUACCUUUGAUAAACUACUAUUCUUCCUUAUUCCAGUCUCUCCUUAUACCAUGAGUGGAUUAUUUCACAGAAAUUUAUUGGUGGCAGCAGCGGUAUGCUGCUCUGUGCUGGUCCGGUCUGUCCUGGGGUCCCCGGUGUUAGCGCAAGAGCCGAUCCGAUGCGCCCCGUGCUCACCGGAGAAGCUGAGCGAGUGUCCAGCGGUGGCGCCCGGCUGUGCGGAGGUUCUGCGGGAGCCUGGUUGUGGAUGCUGCCUCGCUUGCGCCCUGAAGACGGGGGAUCUGUGCGGAAUCUACACGGCGCCAUGCGGGUCCGGACUGAGGUGCACCCCGAGACCCGGCGACCUCCGGCCGCUGCACUCCCUCACUCGCGGCCAGGCUGUGUGCACUGAGAUCCCCGAGCCCGAAAGCAGCUCUGUGUCCCAAAACCCCGACCAAGGAGCGGCGGACAAUGCCGAGACAGAGAACACUGCCAUGGUAUCAGACUCCGGCUCCAGCCUCUAUCUCCACGGCCACAGCAAGCCCUUCGAUCCCCGGGCCGCCGCGGACGCGCUGGAGAGCAUGAAAGCCAAAGUUAACGCAAUCCGAAAGAAAUUGGUGGAGCAGGGUCCCUGUCAUGUGGAGUUACAGAGAGCUCUGGAGAAGAUCGCUAAGUCACAACAGAAGCUCGGAGACAAACUCAUCAGGUUCUAUCUGCCAAACUGUGACAAACACGGAUUCUACAAAGCCAAACAGUGUGAGUCAUCUCUUGAUGGACAGAAAGGCAGGUGUUGGUGUGUGUCCUUCUGGAAUGGAAAGAAGAUUCUGGGAUCCACUGAUCUGGAGGGAGAUGCUGAGUGCGCUUAUGAGAUCAACCACUGAUGCAGAACACACACACACACACACACACACACACACACACACACACACACACACACACACACACACACACACACACACACACACACACUAAACCACU